CUUCCGGUUACUGUGCUAAUCUUCAUUGUUGGAGAGCUACUGAUUUUGACAGAUGUAAACAUUGCGAGAGUUGCCAAGAUUCUUGUAGAUUGAAAGAAGAAACAGUAGGCAAUCAUGGUGUAUUUAACAAUCAAGGAAGAGAGUGAGGACAGACUUUUCUUUACUAGACAGCCUUCUUUGAAUUCCUGGGCAAUUCUUGUUGGCUUCAGUUCUGUAGGACUUGGCAUUGCCUAUUAUGGAAAUGAUCCAUUCUGGUUGAAGGCAAUCUACUUAGUUCUUGGAAGUCUGAUUGGUAUAUCCUGUAUGGAUGACUGGGAGGAGUGUGAUUUCAAUAAGAAGGAAGGGGAAGUACGGUUGAAGAAGCAUAGUGCCUGGGACUUAAUUUUCCUGAGAAAAGAAGAUGUCGUUGUAGCCCAGCUGUCCGAAGUAACUGGUAUAAAAGUACAGGAAGAAAAGGUGAACUUCUUCGGUACCACAUAUCAAGUUGUAUUGAAAUUUUCAGCUGGAAUGACUUUUGGUAUAACUGAAUCAUUUACAUUCGGCUCAUCCAAAGAACACUAUGAUGUUGCAGAGAAGGUCCGAAACUUUCUAAAUAUAGAAGAAGAAGCUGCUGACAAUGAUUUUAUAGACUCAUCUACAUCCUCCGAGGGCGAGGAAACAGCAGACGACUUCGAACAUAUAGACCAAUCAGAUCUCCUCGACGAAACAGAUAAGCCUGGAAUGCAGGAAACUAAUGAUGAUAAAUGUGAUGUCCCCCCGCCCACCGAAGUUCCAGCUGAGAGCUAAUAGCUGUAUAUGAUUGUUUAUAGAUAAUUUAAGUAAUGGCCUUAUGUAAGACUUUGUUCUAGAAAUAGAUUUUUCCUUGUGUUACAUGAACGGCAGAAUCUGACGUCUGCUGCACUGUCAGGUUCAGCUGUACUUGUUUCAGAGGAAAAGAAGAUUUAUAGUUCAAAGUAAAUAUCCAGUACAAACCAACUUGUUGACUUUAGUUCAUAUUGUUCAAAGUGUAAUUUCUGGAAAGACACAGCAUGGUAACAGCUUUGAAUUGUUGUGGUAGGAAUAGACUAAUUAUUACAGAGUAAAAUAUAAAAUGUGACCUUGCUUGAAUAAACAUAUGAGCCGUGCCAUGAGAAAACCAACAUUGUGGGUAUGUGACCAGCAAGGAUCCAGACCAGCCUGCGCAUCUGCGCAGUCUGGUCAGGAUCCAUGCUGUUCGCUAAUAGUUUCUCCAAUUCCAAUAGGCUUUUAAAGCGAACAGCAUGGAGCCUGACCAGACUGCGCGGAUGCGCAGGCUGGUCUGGAUCCAUGCUGGUCGCAUACCCACUAUGUUGGUUUUCUCAUGGCACGGCUCAGUUAUUAAUAUAGGUAAAUACUGAAACACUUCAUAUUCUAUUCUUCUGUAAAAAGACAUAUAUGUCAGAGAAAAAACUGAUGUGUUUGUGUUAUAUGGAAUAAAGUAAUAAAAAUGUCAUAAUAGGAGACUGGGUGAACAUCAUCUCCCUUUUUGUCAUAAAAGACAGAUAUAUACACCUAUAGUGUCUUUUUUCUAUGGUAUAUACCCAGUGAUAUGGUACUAAAUAUCAUUCCAUCGUUUGGCCAAUAGUUAAAUUGUCUAUAACAUUUUAUUUUAAAAAUAUAGCACAAUUAUUUCUUGAAUGCAGUUUUUAUCUAUAGGUUUCAAUUGGUCAUAAAGCAAUCAGGUUUUAUUUAACACUUAUAUUAUGUAGUUCUUUGUAGUGUGUAUCAGUUUCCAAGAGCAAUGUUUAACUUGUGUAUUUGCACGAAUUAGGUUAUACUUUUUCUUUGUAAGUGUUUUUAUGCUCAGCAAUAGUCAGCCAUUAUGAAACAAAUAAAGUUACAUAAUUAGCCGUUGUAUAAUGUUACCUAUCAGGAUAUCCUCACUUUGCUGGGAUUUUUGAUAGGCUAGAAGUGCUUUGAAGUCAAUGAAUUUUGUUGGCGUAAAAUGUUGUGGUUUUAGUAAAAGUGCUAUUGGACGGGUCUUGCAUUUAUGGAUUUCAUGCAUUUUGUUUAGAACAGAUAGUUUAAUGAAGUAACAUUUAGUACAAAAAAAUAUAAUAGAGGCCUCAAUUUUUAAGCAGUUUUGAUACAAACUUGAUCGGUUAUUAUUCUAGUAAACAUUUUGUUAGCCUAAAUACUAUAGGUUGGGUAAUUACAUAGGCUUUAUAUAGCAAAUGCAAGGUUGAUAUCUUCAGUCAGUGUUUAGAAUCAGAGAAAAACAGGUGCUUGUGUUUUAGGAAAUGAUGCAGAUUGAUGUCAUGGAUAUUUCGAAUUUGCAAGUGACAUUCUCAAUGAAUAUUUGUGAAAAUAAAUCUGUCAAAAAUGUUACCCAAUCUAAAGUAGCUGUCUAGGUUUGUUAAAAAUAAGUUACUAGAUAAAAUCAUAGAACUUUUAGUUUUGACCAUAAUCUUCCUCAACCUGAACCUGUAGAUUAUAUACCUGUGUACUUAAAAUGAACUCAGUCCAUUAAUCCACUUAUGCAAGGAAUGCAGGAAAGUAAUGAAUGAUAACUAUUUUCAGAUCUUUGCAGAAUUUUUAGCUCUACUAUAGUAGAGCUAUUGGACUCGCCCAUGUGUCCGGGUCCCGAUUUGGUUAAGUUUUUGUAUGUAAGCUGGUAUCUCAGGAACCACUUGUGGGAAUGGAUUGAAACUUAACGCACUUAUUCACUGUGAUAAACUGACUUGCAUUGCACAGGUUCCAUAACUCUUUUGCUUUUUCAGAAAAGUAUGCCCCUUUUUCGACUUAGAAAAUUUUGGUUAAGCUUGUAUCUCAGUUCUCACUAAUGAGAAUAGAUUGAAACUUCACACACUUGUUCACUGUCAUGAUCUGACAUGCACUAAGCAGGUCCCAUAACUCUACUUUUGCUUGUUUUUUUAGCUCACCUGAGCCAAAGGCUCAUGGUGAGCUUUUAUGACAGCUCAGUGUCCGUCGUCCGUAGUCUGUCGUGUGUCGUCCGUCGUCCGUCUGUCAACAUUGUCUAAAAAACUCUUCUUCUUGAAAACCACUGGGCAGAAUUACACCAAACUUCACAGGAAUGAUCCUUGGGUGGUCCCCUUUCAAAAUUAUUCAAAGAAUUUAAUUCCAUGCAGAACUCUGGUUGCCAUGGCAACCGAAAGGAAAAACUUAAAAAAUCUUCUUGUCUAAAACCACAAGGUGUAGAGCCUUGAUAUUUGGCAUGUGACAUCAUCUUAUGGUCCUCUAUCAGGAUUGUUCAAAUUGUGCCCCAGGGGUGAAAAGAGGCCCCACCCCGGGGUCACAAGUUUUACAUAGACUUGUAUAGUAAAAAACUUUAAAAAUCUUCUUGUCUAAAACCACAAGACCUAAGCCUUUGAUAUUUUGUAUGUAGCAUUGCCUUGUGGUCCUCUACCAAAUUUGUCCGAAUUAUGACCCUAGGGUGAAAAGAGGCCGUGCCCUUGGGGUAUUAAGUUUAACAUAGACUCAUAUAUAGGAAAAAAAUCUUCUUGUCUGAAAGUUCAAGGCCUAGGCCUUUCAUAUUUGGUAUGUAGCACCUACUGGUUGAUAUUUAACAAGAUUGUUCUAAUUAUGCCCAUGGGGUGAAUAGAGGCCCUGCCCUGGGGUCACUUGUUAUAAUUAUGAGUUAUAUAGGAAAAAAUACUUUAAAAAUUAUCAGAUCAUAUUUCCUAGACUGUUUAAUAUAAUUACCUGAUGAGUGAUUACCCCAAGUGAUUAGGAAUCACAUGACUGUGGCCUUGACCUACUGACCUGUUUUUUUAUUUUUUUAAGAUACAGCCUUGAAAUUUGGAUGACGUACAGUUUUGCACACAUAUCUUAAAACUGACUUUCAGUUACCAUGAAUGUGACCUACUGAUCUUCUUAAUAUUUUAUCAUCAGUUUGCCAUUUGGAACAUGUGGCUCAUAUUACUCAGGUGAGCGAUCCAGGGUCAUCAUGACCCUCUUGUUUCAAAAUUAUGCCCCUUUUUCCACUUAGCAGUUUUUGGUUAAGUUUUUGUAUGUAAGAUGGUAUCUCAGUAUCCACUAAUGGGAAUGGAUUGAAACUUCACACGCAUGUUCACUGUCAUGAUCUGACAUGCACUGUGCAGGUCCCAUAACUCUACUUUGCAUUUUUUCAAAAUUGUGCCCCUUUUUUGACAUCAGUUUUUGGUUAAGUUUUUGUAUGUAAGCUGGUAUCUCAGUAUCCACUAAUGGGAAAGGAUUGAAACUUCACACACGUGUUCACUGUCAUGAUAUGACAUGCAGUGCAAUAAAUUUACUUUGCAUGUUUAUAAGAUUAUGCCUCUUUCUCAAUUUAGCUGUUUUUGGUUAAAUUCUUAUAUGUAAGCUGGUAUCUCAGUAUCCACUAAUGGGAAAGGAUUGAAACUUCACACACUUGUUCACUGUCAUGAGCUGAUAAGCACUGUGCAGAUUCCAUAUCCCUGUUUCACAUUUUUACAAAAUUAUGCCCCUUUUUUACUUUUGUAUUCAUUCAGUUGACAAGGCUGUUGAAUAGUCGAGCAUUGCUGUCCUCCAACAGCUCUUGUUUUUAUGUGUAUUUAUUGUAUUUUUUGCAUAGUAGAUUUGCUUUAGCAUAAUGAACUCUUUGUUGAGCAUUUUGAUUUUACAGAACAUUAAAUAGUUUGUUGUUAUAUAGAUCAGAGCAUUGUUACAGGGAACAAACAUUUUUCUUUAACAGUUAAUCUUUAUUUCUCAGGCUACAUAUUUACAGUUGACCAACAUACAUCAGAUUGUUAAGUUCUGGUAUUAAGACUUUUCACAUUUUGAAGGCAAUAUAAAUUUGAAGUUAAAAGACAAUAUAUAUGAAGUUUCAGUAUGUCUGUUUCUAGGUUUAAAAGGCUUUGUUGAGUAUAUUAAAGCAAUAAUUUUAUGCUUUUAUUGAUGUGUUAUUGUGUAUUAACCCUUACCCUGCUAAAUAUCUAAAAUGGACUGGUCAGUCAUUCAAUUUGGGCCAUACCACUUAUUAUUCAAAGGGGUGUUCACUGAAAAAUUACUGACUGAAUAGCGAACAGUGCAGACUAUGAUCAGACUGCACGGAUGUGCAGGCUGAUCUUGGUCUGCACUGGUCGCAAAGGCAGAAUCACUUGCCGCCAGCAGGCUAAGGGUUAAAAUUCUAUUGUUUUGGCAUAAAAUUAUGUGAUCUAUAACAUAGGAACAUUAAUUUGAGGAUUUCAACUUUUACAGAUGAAAAAAAAAUUCUUUUCUCAAGUCCAGGGUAACAGAUGUAAACACAGAAUUUAUGAAAAUUAGUCUCCACAAAUAAUAAUGAUAUUACAGUAUUCUAACAUUGUGUUGACUGUAGAAGAAUAGUAAAGAAAAUAAAACAUGCUCAAAAUAGAUUCAGUGUUACUGUUCGGUAACAUUUUUAUGAACAUUUUAUCAUUAAAUCUGCUCUGAUUUGUUAUAUAACUCCUAUACUUACUCCUUAUUCAUCAAGUUAUAUAAUACUUCAUAAUACUUCAUUGAAGUUUAAUAUUUUCUAAUAUCUUAAAAAGGGUACUCAAAAACAGUGAAGUUGUUCUAAAAGGCUUUUAUUUUUGCCAGAUUCAAGAAGUCAGUUAUAUAAGGUUUAAUAUAGAAUGAUACACAGGUUGUUUUCCUGUAGGUUUAUAAAGGAAAUGUUAUGGAUCCUGUUUUUUCUUCUUGUUGAAUGUUUCUAAUGUUGAUUUGUAGAAAAAAAUUCUGCAUCUUGUUUUUUUUUUGUUAUUAUUUGUUGGAUAUGAUUCUGUGUUAUCAAGUUUUGUUAAUGUAUAUAAGUUGUACUGAGUUCUCUUAUUCAGUAACAUGUUCUUGAUAAAAAGAAAAAAAAAACAGAAAAAAUAAAAGGAUUUUCUUUCUUAGGGGAUAUGAUAGAAAUUUUUAUGUAUAGGUAGAGUUAAUUUAUGAUAAGGCAGUUGUUGACUUUCCACAUGCAGAUUUGUAUGCUUUUUUUACUCAUUUAUAACUGAACUGCUAAAUUAUUUCUUUUUUUUUCAGUCCAUUCUGUUCUUUUUUUAAAAUGAAAAGUGAUGUCAGUUUUCUACAGGUAUCGAUAAAAAAAUUAUGAAGGAGACCUGAGCUAGCAAGCAGAUGAUGCCAUUUUCUUGUUAUUUUUUCUCCCAACUUAUACGUAAAACAUCUCCUUAUGAUCUUACCAGACUUUUCUUAAAUUUGAUCAAAAUUAAUUUGGUAAUCUAGCAGUUUAUUUAUUGUUUCAGACUUUCUCCAAACAUUUGUAUUUUUCAUAUACUGGUGAAGGAUCACUAGAGCUUUCAAGAAGUCAGGGACCUCAUAUUGUUUUAGAUGGCAAGUUAUUUUGAUAAAUUUUUAGUUUACCUUACAAAUGUUAGUAUUUAUUUUUGUAUAUCAUUUAGUUUAAAGUCUCUUGUAAUGAAGGACUCAAGUGUUUGGGUUCAGUUUUAAAAACAUCUAUCCACUGUGAUUCAGAAAUCCGGCCAUACAACUGAAAAUUUAUGGCAGUUGUCCUAUCCUGUCAUGCCACUGGAAAAUAAAGGCAGUUGUCCUAUCCUGUCAUGCUACGGGAAAAUCAUGGCAGUUGUCCUAUCCUGACAUGCUACUGGAAAAUCAUGGCAGUUGUCUUAUCCUGUCAUGCCACUGGAAAAUUAUGGCAGUUGUCCUGUCCUGUCAUGCCACUGGAGUAUCAUGGCAGUUUUGCUAUCCUGUCAUGCCACUGGAAAGUCAUGGCAGUUUUGCUAUCCUGUCAUGCCACUGGAAUAUUAUGGCAGUUUUGCUAUCCUGUCAUGCCACUGGAGUAUCAUGGCAGUUUUGCUAUCCUGUCAUGUUACUGGAAAAUCAUGACAGUUUUGCUAUCCUGUCAUGUCACUGGAAAGUCAUGGCAAUUUUGCUAUCCUGUCAUGCCACUAGAAAAUCAGGGCAGUUUUCCUCUUGUACAGUUAGACAGAUUUCAGGUGUAAAUGACAAGGCUGACAAAUCAUUUUGAAAUUUAAAUGUUGAUGUAAGAAUACUUAGUUUGACUGGCCUAUAAGCUAGAAAUUAAUUAACUGAACAUUAUUGCAACCAUUAUCACAGGAUCAUGACAAAGAAACAAACUUUCAUACCUCUCCACAGAUUCUAUUUACAUUUUACUUUAUUCAGGUGACUUCUUUGUACAUUUUAGAAUAUACAAGUGUAUUAAAUGUUCAUUUUACUACAUACAGGUGGACUCCAUGUACAUUUUAGUAUAUACAAGCAGUUUCCAUUCAAUUUGAGUUUUACAAGUGGAUUCCAUUUUACCUUUUAGUUUAUACAAAUGAUAUGAUACAUGUAAUUGUACUUCCAUAACAAAUGGAGCAUUUAUAAUACAUUAAAUUUCACUCAUGUCUGCAUUUCUUUUCUUUUUUUCUAGUCUUACAAACAUACAGUCCUAAAGUCAUUCCCUAGUCUUUUUUUUUGAUGAUUGAUUAUGAGCAAUAUAAUAUCAACAUCAUUUCCAUGUGGGGCUAUAUCUUAAUGUAUAAAUUUACUCUGUCCGGGUGUAUUGAUACAUAAAUCUUGUUGUAAAAAUAAAUGUCCUGUUGUUACAAACUUUCUUGUGUAAGACAUAAAAUACAUAUACUAUCCUGUUGCAUAUACAUACAAUGUACAAUGUCGAUAAAUAUUGAGAAAGAUAAUUGUACUGGUGUAAACUUAAAUGUGGCAUUUCAUAAUUUUGUCAGAUUUUAAAGACAUACAUUGUCCUGUUAGAAAGAUGUACAAUGUACAUAAAUAUUGACAAAGAUAAUACUGUUGUAAACUUAAAUGUGGCAUUUCAUAAUUAUGUCAGAUUUUAAAGACAUAUAUUGUCCUGUUAGAAAGAUGUACAAUGUACAUAAAUAUUGACAAAGAUAAUACUGUUGUAAACUUAAAUGUGGCAUUUCAUAAUUAUGUCAGAUUUUAAAGACAUAUAUUGUCCUGUUAGAAAGAUGUACAAUAUUCAUAAAUAUUGACAAAGGUAAUACUGUUGUAAACUUAAACGUAGUAUUUCAUAAUAAUGUCAAGUUUUAAAGACAUACAUUGUCCUGUUAUAGAGUUACUGUAAAAUUAUUAAUUUUCACGGGAACAAAAGUUCAUGGUUUUGACCAGAGAAUUCUAUUGCAUGGGGAUUUAAGUUUAUGGAUGUCAAAGGUAAAAGAUAAAAUAUAAAGGAAUUAAUUUUCUUUGUUCAUCUGCAUUCAAUUUCAUGGAUUGACACAACUAUGAUGUCCAAGGAAAUUACUGUAUACUGUUACAAAGCAUAUUCAAUUUGGCAUUUUUCCCCUCCUGUGAAGGGCUUGUAAAGUUAAUGUGUAAAUGUCAAAUUACUAGCAAGUUCAUUCUAGUGUUUGAAUAUAUUUAUGAAAUAAAAAACAAACAUAUAACCUAAUAAUGAUGAGCCCCACUUGAGUUCAAAGUUAGAAAUAUAACAUGAGGGUCAAAUGGUCUUUUUCUUUACUGUAUUAUAAUUAUAUAUAGUGUUCCAUUGCAGUGAAUAGAUACAUAAUAGGUUAGAAAUUGUGGAAGGUUUUUGUUGCUAUGGCACCCAGUGAUGCUAGAUUUUCAUAACUGAUGUAUCCUCAGGCUGGUAGAUAUUUUGCUAAAGUUGUAGAUGUGUUGAGUUUUGCAUGUUCUUUUCUGUAUGUGAUUUAGUUAAAGACAAGUUCCAUAUAUCUGGUAGUAGAGGGUUUGGUGUUAUUGUAAUCUUAUUGUGUAACCACUAACACAACUUGAUUAACAUCAUCAUAUGCUAUUAUUAUAAAAAAUACAAUAAUUGUAUAUAUCAAUUAUAUACAUGAAAUGCUGUAUUCACAACUAUAUGCUCUAAAGCUGGUAUGAUUUAAUAAUUUCAUGUGUAGCAUUAAGAAAAAAAAUAAAAUGAGCCGUGCCAUGAGAAAACCAACAUAGUGGCUUUGUGACCAGCAUGGAUCCAGACCAGCCUGUGUAUCUGCGCAGUCUGGUCAGGAUCCAUGCUGUUCGCUUUCAAAGCCUACUGCAAUUAGAGAAACCGUUAGCAAACAGCAUAGAUUCGGACCAGACUGCACGGAUGUGCAGGCUGGUCUGGAUCCAUGCUGGUCACAAAGCCACUAUGUUGGUUUUCUCAUUGCGCGGCUCAAAUGAGAAUGGAGUACUAAGAAGUGGCAACAUGAAUACAAGCAUUUUAUUUUACUUUUGGUUUUGUUAUAGAUUUUCUAAGAUAGAAAUCAUUAACAACAAAUUUUAUUUAAAUUUUGUUUAUGCAUAGUUUUAUUUUAUAUCCAAAUAUUAAAUGACAGUUCUGUAGCAAAUAUGUUGUAAGAAUUAUUAUGAAAAUGUAUCUCAAUCUGUUACAUAUAUAUGCAAAGACUGGUUUUAUAUAAAAAUCUCCAACACACUGGGCCCCCUUUGCAAUGAACACUUCAGCAAAAUUCAUGUUUAUUUUUCAUAUUUUAUUUUCUGAUAUUUGAAUAUUUUAACAAAAAAAAUUGAUAAAUGUUGGUGAUAAUAUGAAAAAAAAAAGAUUUUCUGUCAGCCAUUUUAUUCCUACACUCAUAAUAUGAUUGUCAUGGCUAUGUGAUAUUGUAACAACAGUGUACCAUGAGGGGAGGUGAUUGCUGUGGGAAAUUUGGUUAGAUAUAAGUGUACAUGUAUAGAACAUUUCAUAAACCAGUAAUUUGUUUAGAUAGAAAAGUACUGAUUGGUUAUAGACAUUUUAAACUCCAUAGUUAUAUAGUAUAUCAUCAUGGUUACAUGUUUUAUCACCUAGAAGCUUACAUUAUAUCACAGUUAUAUUUUUGAGAUCUUCUUUAUUAGUGUGCCCAUAUCUUGUUUAAUUGAUAUCUUGUGCUCAGUGUCCAGACUUAUUGAUACAUAUUGUAUCUGUGCUGUACCGCCUAAAUUCUAAGAUUCUAUCAAUGCUAUAAGUGUGAAUUUAGACUUUAACUUAACAGUAUUGGAUACAAUUACUUUGUUAAUUAAUAACUGAUACUGCUGAAAGUUUAGUCUUUUGUCAAGAAGAUUCGAAGUUCGUAUUUUUCAUCUUACUGAAAAUUGGUACAAAACUUUGUAUAGAAUACAUAUUAUUCUUAAUUUCUGUAGUUUAAGUUAUAUGUAAUGUAAAGGCCUAAAAAACAAUUGUUUGUUUCUGGUAUCCUGACCAACCCUAAAUUUUUUGGACUUUUUUUAACAAAAAGUUGCAAAAAUGCACUUUUUAUGCUUUAAACAUGGUCAGUGAUGUUAGAGAUCACUGACGACUUACUGAUGCUCUAAAGGCAUAUCCCCAUUAUCUGUAUUCAUUUUUUGACACAAAAAUAAUUUCUGAAAAUUCCCACGUAAUUAAAAAAAAAAAAUUACCAACCAACCUACCCUAAUAUUUUUAGCAUGUUACCGGAAACAAACAUUUUUUUGUUUAGGCCAAAUUGACUGUGGAAAAUUUCAAGAAAAUGUCAUCACCUUGAGUCUAAGUCUAAAUUUCUCAUUUAGACUGUUGAUGAUCUUUGAAUAUCGCACAUGUAAGAGUGUGUGAGUUCCGCCACAGUGUUCUUCAGUUGCAGUUUGUUUUCUCUAUGUGAAAUUGUAAACAUUGUAACUCCCCAAGAUCUAAUAAAUCAUCUAGUCUUAAA